CUCCGAUUGCUUGAACCGCCCCUCCAACGCCUCAAUUUCCUCUCCGGAUCCGCCAUUGUCCUUCCACUAUGGCCUCUGCUCGCUCCUUGAUGCGACUGGGCACUGGCCGCUCGCUGGCAUCGGCUGUGAGGUCAUCCCAGACAUGCCGUGCCUUCUCGUCGACCGUGCAGCUCGCCUCCAAAGUUCCCGAGCCUGAGAAUAUGCGCCAAGCGCACCGUCCCCCCCAAGGAGCUCUCCGCGCACCGGUCGUCAACCCCGCCGACAAGUACCAGGAUAAAGCCGAGAGCCUGCACAAGUACGGCCAAUAUGUCAUGUCCUGCCUGCCCAAAUACGUCCAGCAAUUCUCUGUGUGGAAGGACGAGCUCACAAUCUACGUUCCUCCCACCGGCAUCAUCCCUGUGAUGAGCUUCCUGAAAUACCACACGGCGGCCGAGUUCACCCAGAUCUCCGAUAUUACCGCGGUUGAUUUCCCCACUCGUGACCAGCGCUUCGAGGUCGUCUACAAUCUGCUCAGCGUCCGCUAUAACUCCCGUAUCCGUGUCAAGACUUAUGCCGACGAGGCCAGCCCCGUGCCCAGUGUGACCAGUCUGUACGAAGGAGCUCUGUGGUACGAGCGUGAGGUCUACGACAUGUUCGGUGUCUUCUUCAGCGGCCACCCCGAUCUUCGCCGCAUCAUGACCGACUACGGUUUCGAUGGACACCCUCUCCGCAAGGAUUUCCCCUUGACCGGCUACACUGAGCUGCGCUACGAUGAAGAGAAGAAGCGCAUCGUCAUUGAGCCCCUUGAGCUGACACAGGCUUUCCGGAACUUCGAGGGAGGCACCGCUGCUUGGGAGCCUGUUAGCUCUGGUGUUGACCGGAAACCUGACUCGUUCAAGCUCCCCACUCCCAAGCCGGAGGAGAAGAAGGAGGAUGAAAAGAAAUAGAGCUCCAGAAUGUAUCCGUAUUUCCCUUUUCACGUUGUUUGUAUGUACAUACCGCGUAUACGUCGAGGAAUCUUUCGAUUCGAUGCCCGUUGAAUGUAGCACCUUUAGUACUCCGUAGGUGCUAAUAGUCCCUACUGAAAUCCCCGCCAUUGGACACAGAUAUUGCGCAGCAACCAGGUG